CGCAUCGGCGUAUCUGGUUACGGUGAUAUUGUACCAAACACAUAUUGUGGUCGAACACUAGCGAUAACAACUGGUAUUGUGGGCGCUGGAGUGUCUUCGGCAUUAAUAGCUGUGAUUUCUCGGAAGCUAGAAUUGAGCCGAGCCGAAAAGCAUGUUAACAAUUUUAUGGCUGAUUCCAAGCUUACCAACCAGCGGAAAAAUGCUGCUGCUUUGGUUCUCCAACAAACUUGGUUCAUCCACAAGUACAAGAAUUCGUGCAACAAGGGCGAUGAGUUGCGGUUGAGGCAUCAUCAGAGGCGUUUUUUGCAAGCCAUUAACGAAUUUCGACGGAUCAAGUGGGACCAGCGAAAACUUCAGGAACGAGGCAAUUCACUGCUAGAUGUUGGAAAGCUACACAGCGAAAUGCAUGAAACGCUGUGGGAGAUGCAUCGGACGCAGGAUCAGUUCAUUGCUCAGGUGGAUUUACUUACACAAAAAAUAAUCGAACUCCAAAACACUUUGAAUCGACAACAACCACAGCACCGGCAGCAACAGCAGCAACAACAACAAGAACAGCAACAACAACAACAACAACAACAGCAACAGCAACGAUGGAUGUCCAGCGUUGACACAGCGUUCAGUGUUGAUUCCGCGGGAGCGCCGGCGCCAACACAACAACAACUAAGGUCGUUGCCAAUGCCGCCAUCAGUAAUAUCAUUACCUGAUAGAGCAUCUGUCACCCCCGAUACACCUUCAGGCAGCUCACAGUGCAGCAUUCCUGAUCAUAGUUGUGUUAGGCUAUGA